CCAGUUUAGUUUGCAUUGUAUACUCGUUUUCCCGUGCCAGCAAUUAAAGCUGUGGUUUUAAGUUCAUCCUUUGUGUCUGAGUCCUGCAUUUUGGGUCCAACUCCUGCCUGCCACAGAGCGCUUCAUGACACUACUGCUUUUUAACUCUUUCUUACCUUUCAUGUUGUAUUACUUUUAAUUCAGUUGUUAUACAUUGUAUAUUGUUGUAACCUGGCUUUGUAAAGCAUAUUGUGACUGUUAUUUUUGAAAUAUGCAUUAAAAUAAUUUUAAUCUGCUUGGGGUUUUUUGUUUGUUUGUUUUUUCACUUUCAACCUGUCACUACUAAAAUGCAUGUCUGCGUAUUCUUGCAGCAUGAGGAAGCCUCCAUAAAGAUGUUUGAUUACUUACUGGAGGAAAAUGGCCUGAAGCCAGUGAUGGAGCAGUAUGGGCUGGAAAUAAAAGACAAAAAGGAAAACGACCUGGUGUUCAUUAAAGGAAUGAUUGAUGACACUCAGAAAAAAACAGCUCAGCACAAGCAGUAUCCAGGUCGAGAGAAGGAAAAAUCCUUUCUCUAUGAAAUUGUGUCAAACAAGGAAACCGGCAUUGAUGUUGACAAGUUUGACUACUUUGCCAGGGACUGCCACCACCUGGGCAUCCAGAACAACUUUGACCAUCAGCGCUUCAUCAUGUUUGCCAGGGUGUGUGAUGUGAAUGGGAGUAAGCACAUUUGCUCUAGAGACAAGGAAAUAGAAAAUCUGUAUGACAUAUUCCACACAAGGCACUCUAUCCACAGAAGAGCCUGCCAGCACAAGAUAAAAAUGGCUGUAGAAAUUAUGAUCAAAGAUGCCCUCCUACUAGCAGAUAAGGAUCCAUACAUCCAAAUUGAAAUUUCAAAUGGAAAUGGAACUUCAGAGAAGGUUCCUCUCUCCAAAGCCAAAGAUAAAAUGGAGGCAUACAUAAAGCUGACAGAUCAGGUCAUUGAAAGAAUACUCAACUCUUCUUCAGAUUCUCUGAAGGAGGCAAGGGAGAUUCUACACAGGGUCAUGACUCGGGAUCUGUACCGCUGUGUGGGUCAAGCCACGAAAAAAGAGGAACCGAAAAUGUCAGGGGAGAUGAGGGAAAGUUUAAACAAAAUGGUUAAAGGCAUUCUUGAGGGCGGGGAAGGCGAGUUUGAAGUUAUUGUUGUUCCUUUGGACUCUGGGAAGGAAGACAAUGACCCCAUCAGUAAAGCGUUUUUCUAUCGCAAGGAUAACCCUAACAAAGCAAUCCCAAUCGCCGAACCAGAAGUGAGAAUUACAGCCUUGAUUUCCAUGUGUCACACAUGACACAUGUGUCCAUGUGUCAUGUGUUCUUUUUUUAAUGCAGCUCCAUAAGACAACAUUGGCUGUGUAAUAUGUCAUUUUUAUGCUGCUGUCCCUGAUGGCAGGUGUCCAGGUUUCUCCCACAGUGGUGUUUUGAGGAGAUACUUAGGGUUUACUGGAAGGAAAAGAGAGAGAAGUUUACAGAACAGUUUACAUUUUGGCAAAAAGUCAAAAGGCACAUAAAAGGCUGUGUUUAUCAAAGAAGUAAGUGCGCAUGCGCCAUUAGCGUGCUGCCUGCUGUAACCCUAAUUUCCUUCGGGAUUAAUAAAGUAUUCUGAUUCUGAUUCUGAAGCCAUGUACAUGUAGACAUAACCUAAAUUGUCAUCAGAGGCUGACACAGCGGUUCUUAUUCUCAGACAUGUCCAGGCUUGUCUCAUGCAGUAGUAGUCUUUCAUGAUUCAUCAACAAAACUUAGAAUAUAAUUCUCUUUACUUGAAGCUGGACGAGUGUGUUGUUGAAAGGAAAACUAGUAAGUUAAUCAUAGCCAAGCUGCUGCAAGGGGAAAAAACCAAUACAAAAUCAGCCUUAUUAUAGAUUCAUGACAGGACAAGUGGUGUGUGCUGUUCUGACACUACCUUAUCACACAGUACACUCUUCACAUCCAGUACACAUUCAUCAUCACAUUCUUCAUGUAAUCCCAGACAAACUCGAUGAUGUUGAGAUCAGGGCUCUGUGUGAGCCAUACCAUCACUUCCAAUACUUCUUGUCCUUCUUUAUUCUGAAGAUAAUGUUAAUGACUUUGGCUGUAUGUUUGGGGUUGUUGUCCUGCUGCAGAAAUAAUUUGGGGCCGAUAAACAAUCAUUUAUAUUUCUCAAAGGAUUCUUUGUUUACACCAUUUUUUUUACACCUGCCUAAAAUGUUUGUACAGUACUAUAUAUCGUAAAUAACGUUUUGGAACAGUUUGAAUUUGGUGGGUAACAAAAAUCCUGUUUGAAACAGAGAAAUUAAGAAAAACAGAUUUUCUUUAAACAUUUGGUUUCGAGUUAUUGUGUUUUCUGCACUGACUAAAUCCUUUUCUUCACUGUCCUGCUUUGCCCCUUUCCCAGGUCAAGAAAAAACAUAAACAGGAAAAAUUGGUAAGAAUGAGAACAGCUCAUAAAACAAGAUUAACAAAACAAUAAUAUUAACACA